AUGGAAGAUGCAGUUUUGGAAAAAGCAUAUGUUUUCAAUGGAACUGUGACCUUUCUGCCUUUGGAGGAAAACAGUGAAGGAAAAUACCAGAUUAAAAAGUGCAAUAUUUAUCAAAUUCAACUUAAACACAUAAAAGGGGAAGAAUGGUCUGUGUCUAUUCUAGUUCCAUAUCCAGAAGAUUGGUUUUCAGAUGGAAUUGCAUACCCCAAGCUAGCAUGGCUUGGAAAUGAACUUCUGUCCAAACUAGCUAAAUGGUCUGUGGAGCAAAAGCCCAGUGAAUUUAAAAGUACACUCUCACUCAUUUCUGUAGCGAAAUACAGCAAGGUUUAUCAAGACCUUAAAAACAAAUACAAAGAUAUGGUAAAGUCUGCACUGGCAAGGGCUCCAGCCAGACAACCCAAGAAACAGAAGGCAAAGUGGGAAGAAGAGAGAAAGGAGAAAGGGUUGACCAAGAAACAGUCAUUUGUAGAUCUUGGAUGUGGAAAUGGUCUACUGGUUCAUAUUCUGAACAAUGAAGGGCAUUCAGGUAGAGGAAUUGAUGUAAGGAGAAGAAAAAUAUGGGACAUGUAUGGACCGGAAACUCAUUUAGAGGAAUCUACCAUCGUGCCAGGUGACAGUCAUCUCUUUCCAGAUACUGACUGGCUCAUAGGAAACCAUUCAGAUGAAUUAACACCAUGGAUACCUGUAAUUGCAGCUAGGUCUUCCUAUUCAUGUUGCUACUUUGUGCUGCCAUGUUGCUUCUUUGAUUUCCAUGGAAAAUACAGCCGAAGACAAAGCAAGAAAACUCAGUACAGAGAAUAUCUUGAUUUUGUUGCCCAAGUGGGAUUUGUAUGCGGCUUUCAUGUGGAAGAAGACUGUCUUAGGAUUCCAUCUACAAAAAGGGUAAGCCUUAUUGGAAAAAAAAGGACCUAUCCACCCACUGAAUGUUCUCUGAUUGACAAGCAGAUAACACAAUAUAUUAAUAAUCGUCAGACCUGUGCUGUGGUCACGUGUGACAGAAGAGUUGGAUUUAAUCAUAAGGACCACUCUGAUGGUGUAUAUGAAGAAGCAGGUUCAGAACUUUGGGAAAAUGAGACUGAGACUGCUGGAACAACUUGGAUGCCUGGAUUUCAACCUAGAGAAAAAGUAGAACAAAUUAGAAAUUGUGCUUCCCUCCCUCGUGAUUUUGUAGAUGAUGUGGUUCUCAGUGUGGCAAACUUGCUGUUAAAUGCAACCCCCCAGAAAUCAUGUUCUAAUACACACGCUGGAAAUACAAAUACCUGGAAUCAAGGAGAAAGCCUUUCCUUGAAAGAAGUAGCAGAACACUUAAAUAAAGAGACAUUAAAAAGGCUAAAGAGUGAAUGUGGAGGCCUGCAGACACUGCUCAAGAACAAUCAUCAAGUAUUUGAAGUUCUAAAUGGGAGAGUUCAUAUUCGUGACUGGAGAAAAGAGAAACCAUCAAGGAAAACUAAGCCUGAAGUGAAACGCCGCCUUUCAGCUGAAGCAUUUAAAACACGUCUCUGUUGGUUUUUCAUUCAUCAUCCUGAUGGUUGUUCUUUGCCUUCUGAAUCUUGCCCAUAUGCUCAUGGGACUGAGGAACUAAGGCAGUCUCAGAUUAUUAAAAAGAAAAAACAUACACAGUAAUAAAAUGCUGCCACUUACGUUUAAGCUUGUGUACAUAACUGAAUCUGUGAUUGACUUUGGGACUGCCUAGUACAUGAAGAUCUGUACAAUAUAGAGGGGUUUUCUUCAUUCAUUCCUAUGCAUUUUAUUUUCUGGUUGUUUACAAGUUCUCCUGUAUUUUUAAUUCUUUAAUUUCUUUAUUAAUGUGGAAAAGGUGUAGUAAAGUAUGUAUAUGCUUUUGGGUUUUGUCAUGACUUGUCUAACGUUCAUUUGUGUUAGUAGAAAAGUUAAAAAACUUAAUUUCCUAGGACACUCUUCAUGAUCUUUGAUCAAAUCAAAUGUACAUGAUGCAGCAUUUUCAAAACCCUGAAAAUCAGCUGUUUUGUUCCAAAUUUUCCAGGAGGAUUUAUGGUUUCUUAUGACUCACAGUGGCUCUUGGAAUUCAGAAAUUGGAGGUAUUUCACUCUUUCCUGACCUGACAACUUUUACUCCAUGUUACUAUGGAGUAAUACUACUUAUUACCUUUCCUUUCUUGGCCAUACACUGCUCCUCCUUUCCUUCCUUUUCGUACUGAUUCAAAAUGAGCAUUGGUUUGAAGAAUAACUUUCGUGGAAGUUACUGUGGGAGUCUUUGCAUGUAGCCCUUUUUAUGGCUCUGGGCCAUACUCUCUUUUCCCUUGUUUUUAAAGUAUAGAGUAACAGUGGAAAAUGUAUUUAAUAAUCAGAAUGGUAGGGUUUCUGGUUAUUGGAUAACAAAGCAAUGACUUAGCACCUUGAGCAGGUUAUGAUUUUCUUUGGUAGAAUAUUAUUUUCUUUAAAAUGUUUAACUUCUAAAGUUAAAUGUGCAUCUAAAGGAGGGCAACAGCUGAUAAAGAGUCUAGAGCAUAAGUCUUAUGAGGAGAAGCUGAGGGAAACUAGGGUUGUUUAGUCUGCAGAAAAAGGAGGCUGAGGGGAGACCUUAUCAUUCUACAACUGCCUGGAAGGAGGUUGUAGCAAGGUGGGUGUUGCUCUCUCCUCCCAAUUAACAAGUGAGAGGAAAUGGCCUCAAGUUGUGCUGGAGAGGUUUGGAUUGGAUAUUAGGAAAAAGUCCUUUACUCAAAGAGUUAUCAAGCACUGGAACAGGCCGCCCAGGGAAAUGGUGGGAGGAGUCACCAUCCCUGGAGGUAUUCAAAAUAUGUGUUGAGGUGGUGCUUAAGGACAUGGUUUAGUGGCAGAUUUGGCACAUUGUCCUAGUGUCAUGAUUCGUAUCUGUCAGCUGGUAAGCAUGUGUAAAGUUCAGUAUCUGCUGCACAAGCUCUGAGACAAGGAAUAAUGUUGGUUCUGGCCUAGUUUGUAUACUGAUAGUAUGAAAAUCUUUUGUGAUGUACUGAGACAAGACUUUGAUUCUAAACCCUACUGAUAAAAGGGCAAGAUUUAGGAAAAAAAAAUAAAAAU